UCCACCGAGCUGAAGCCAAAGCGCUGCCGCGGCAUGUCCGGCACGGGCAGAAGAAUUAAGGAGCGGGGAAGCGUGACCUUCACCCAGCAGCAGCAGCAGGACGACGACGACGAGGAGGAGGAGGAAGGGACUUCCGAGGAAGAGCCCCCCCUGCCGCCGCCCUCACAGCAGCCCCGAGCACGUCGAGGGUGGAGGGGGGUCAAUGGCGGGCUGGAGCCUUCCCAACACCAGGCAGUGAAAACCCAGCGGGAAACGUACGGCUGCUACCCGCCUUCGCCGGUGGUGGGCAAUGUGCUUAUCGAUGAAAGUCCUUCUUUGAGACGAAUGACUAUGAUGAGAGAAAAGGGAAGACGGCAAGCCAUCAGAGGUCCAGCUUUUAUGUUUAACGAGAGGGGGACAAGCCUCACAGCUGAGGAAGAGCGUUUUCUGGAUGCAGCAGAAUAUGGGAACAUUCCUGUGGUGCGCAAAAUGUUGGAAGAGUCAAAAACAUUAAAUGUGAACUGUGUUGACUAUAUGGGCCAAAAUGCCUUGCAGCUCGCUGUAGGGAAUGAACAUCUGGAAGUGACAGAACUUUUGUUAAAGAAGGAGAACCUGGCACGGAUUGGAGAUGCACUGUUGCUUGCAAUCAGCAAAGGAUAUAUCCGGAUUGUGGAAGCAAUCUUGAAUCAUCCUGGGUUUGCAGCUAGCAAACGGCUGACUCUGAGCCCCUGCGAGCAGGAACUCCAAGAUGAUGACUUCUAUUCUUAUGACGAAGAUGGCACCCGCUUCUCCCCAGACAUCACACCCAUCAUUUUAGCUGCUCACUGUCAGAAGUAUGAGGUGGUUCACAUGCUGCUAAUGAAAGGGGCGAGGAUAGAGAGGCCCCAUGAUUAUUUCUGUAAGUGCAAUGAUUGCACUGAGAAACAGAAGAUUGAUUCUUUUAGUCAUUCUAGAUCAAGGAUAAAUGCAUACAAAGGGUUGGCCAGUCCAGCCUAUCUGUCCCUAUCUAGUGAAGAUCCAGUCCUCACUGCUCUAGAACUUAGCAAUGAGCUUGCCAAACUGGCUAAUAUUGAAAAAGAAUUCAAGAAUGAUUAUCGUAAGUUGUCUAUGCAAUGCAAGGACUUCGUUGUUGGUGUCCUUGAUCUCUGUCGGGAUUCUGAAGAAGUGGAAGCCAUUCUAAAUGGAGAUUUGGAAGCAGAGCCAGUUGAAAUUCAGAGGCACAGAGCUUCGCUGAGUCGUGUCAAACUGGCAAUUAAAUAUGAAGUCAAAAAGUUUGUGGCCCAUCCUAACUGUCAGCAACAGCUGUUGACUAUCUGGUAUGAAAACCUUUCAGGAUUACGGGAACAGGCCAUAGCUGUCAAGUGUCUGGUUGUGCUGGUUGUUGCACUGGGCCUUCCAUUUCUUGCCACAGGAUACUGGAUUGCACCGUGUAGCAGGCUUGGGAAAAUUCUCCGGAGUCCAUUUAUGAAAUUUGUGGCACAUGCAGCCUCCUUCAUUAUUUUCUUGGGACUACUAGUAUUUAAUGCUUCAGAUAGAUUUGAAGGCAUCUCAGUAUUACCAAAUGAGACAGUUAUUGAUUACCCAAAACAGAUAUUUCGAGUUAAGACAACUCAGUUCACUUGGACAGAGAUGCUGAUCAUGAUAUGGGUGUUUGGUAUGAUGUGGUCUGAAUGCAAGGAGCUCUGGCUAGAAGGACUUCGUGAAUAUAUUCUGCAGCUUUGGAAUGUUCUCGAUUUUGGAAUGUUAUCUAUUUUUAUUGCUGCUUUCACAGCUAGGUUGCUGGCCUUUUUACAAGCUACAAAAGCACAAAAUUAUGUGGACAAAUAUAUCCAGGAGACAGAUCUCUCUGUGGUCACCCUUCCACCAGACAUAGAGUAUUUUACUUAUGCUAGAGAUAAAUGGCUCCCAUCUGAUCCACAAAUCAUAUCGGAAGGUCUUUACGCAAUUGCUGUGGUGCUUAGUUUUUCUCGGAUUGCUUAUAUUCUACCUGCAAAUGAGAGUUUCGGUCCACUGCAGAUUUCACUUGGAAGGACUGUAAAAGACAUCUUCAAGUUUAUGGUUCUUUUUAUUAUGGUAUUCCUUGCUUUUAUGAUUGGGAUGUUCAUAUUGUACUCAUACUAUCUUGGAGCCAAAGUGAAUGCAGCAUUUACUACUGUUGAAGAAAGCUUUAAGACUUUAUUUUGGUCAAUAUUUGGUUUAUCAGAAGUCACAUCAGUUGUCCUCAAAUAUGAUCAUAAAUUCAUCGAGAAUAUUGGCUACGUGUUGUAUGGAAUAUAUAAUGUAACAAUGGUUGUGGUUUUAUUGAACAUGCUGAUUGCAAUGAUUAACAGCUCAUACCAAGAAAUAGAGGAUGACAGUGACGUGGAGUGGAAAUUUGCUCGUUCCAAACUCUGGUUAUCAUAUUUUGAUGAUGGGAAAACCCUACCACCUCCAUUCAGUCUUGUACCAAGUCCCAAAUCUUUCUUUUAUUUCUUCCUGAGGAUCAUUAAAUUAUUCAGGUGCAGAAGGAAAAGAUUACAGAAAGAUAUGGAAAUGGGCAUAGGUAACUCAAAAUCCAGGCUAAAUCUCUUUUCUCAGUCCAACUCAAGAGUUUUUGAAUCACACAGUUUUAACAGCAUUCUCAAUCAACCUUCACGCUAUCAGCAAAUCAUGAAGAGACUUAUAAAACGUUAUGUUCUGAAAGCCCAGGUAGACAAGGAAAAUGAUGAAGUCAAUGAAGGUGAAUUAAAGGAAAUUAAACAAGAUAUUUCUAGUCUGCGCUAUGAACUUCUAGAAGACAAAUCUCAAGCAACCGAGGAAUUGGCAAUUCUGAUACAUAAAUUAAGUGAGAAACUCAACCCAAAUAUAUCAAGAUGUGAAUGA